GAUCGAAGACGACAGUCGUCGUAGUGUGUGGAAAACGCAUCCAUCAGUGCUUUUUACUUUUUCACGUCGUAGAAGGAAAUCGUAAGUGUUCGAAUUGCAAUUCCAAAAGCUAUCAUUUCUCCCGUUUUUGUCCGAUUUUGUGUUGCUUUUGCGCUUCAUAAACAAUCUCAUCUUGAAACGGUGUUUUUUUUUUAUCUCCGAUAUCAAUCAGUGUGAGAGCAAAAAUAGCCAAAGGCAGCUUCAGAGAAAGAGAGACAUACACUCGCGGUCGAGGUUUAAUCUCCCUAAUUCUUAAGAGUGCAAUCAUUAGUCGUCGUUUAGUUGUGAAUUGAUUGGAGGAUCGCCUCGAGUGGCGCUAGCGUUUUAUAUGACUUUAGAAAGAAUACAAGAAACACCAGCACUCAAAGGAGCACCGCUUUCUCCCCUCUUACGGAGUUUAAGUGGUACAUUGUGCAUGAUUUCUCAACAGCGUAGCGUAAGUCACAGGACUUCUAAAUAUUCCAGCAAUAGACAUCGGAAACUGCAACCAUUUAGGGAAACGUGAAGAUCCUGUCGUUUAAGGGACACACUUUACUUGCCGAACCACAUUAGUCGUCAGAAUCAGAAUCAACAGCUAUCUACAACUUCAGAAAUAUCCGUUUGCGACGCCAGCAGUUUGUUAGUGAGAGCGAGAGAUAAGCGCUGAGCAGCAGUGAGCAAUCUAAAACGCGUCAAGUUCUAUCAUAGUCUACAGGAGCAAAUCAAAACUCCACCCAUAAAAUUAUUUGAAGCAGCAGUCUGCAGCGUUACAGCGCAGUAAAAUUCCUAAUCGAAGUGUGGAAUCAGCACCAUUGCGCGUCAGCAGAAUACACGAAUCCGUAAUCAAUAUACCAAUGCUUUUGAUAUCAACCGUGGAACCACAAAUCGGAGACGGAGACUCAAUUGUCACCAUCAUCGACGACAGCAUCGUAGUAAAACCUAACAGUUGUAAGCUCAAGCAGCUGAGUGGUCGAAUCCUCUCGCGUCAGUGUCUGCAACAAAUGAAUUUAGCUUGCUAGAAGGCGACGAAAGUGAGCUGGCAGGAACCGAAACCAGAAGUCCUGAGGAAGUGUAUCAUUCCGGAUAGAAAUCGAUCCCAAGUGAGAGAUAAAUCGUAGUUCUUUCUGAGCAGAGAGUAUCCCCGUACUAUCGAGAUUGAAGGAUUUUAUCUUACUAUUUGUGUCAUCUGUUAUAUCCCAAGAGAAAAGUAACCAAGUCUCAGCGCCAUCAUGGGUACCGUUAACGUCAACCGUAAUGUGGCGGAUGUGUUCUACCGUUACAAGAUGCCCCGGAUCAAUGCCAAGGUCGAAGGAAAGGGUAACGGCAUCAAGACGGUCAUUGUGAACAUGGCCGACGUGGCACGUGCCAUCGGCCGUCCGGCAACCUAUCCAACCAAGUACUUUGGUUGCGAGCUGGGAGCUCAGACUCAGUUCGAUCACAAGAAUGAGCGCUUUAUCGUCAAUGGGUCCCACGACGCCAACAAGCUGCAGGACCUACUGGAUGGUUUCAUCCGCAAGUUUGUCCUCUGUCCGGAGUGUGAUAAUCCCGAAACCGAUCUGAUCGUAUCGUCGAAGAAGGGUACCAUUUCGCAGGGUUGCAAAGCGUGCGGAUUCCACGGUCCGUUGGAGGUCAACCAUAAGGUUAACACCUUCAUCAUUAAGAAUCCACCGAAUGUGAACCCGGCGAACCAGGGCGCAUCGUUGACCGAAGGAAAGCGCAAGACCCGUGGUAAGAAGGCCGGCGAAAAUGGUGAUGAAUCGACUGCGGCUGACAGCACUCUGGAUGCUUCUUCCGCGGCCGAUGACACCAUCGAUGGUCAAGCUAAAACCAUGAACGGAGAUGACGAUGAUGACGUUAACUGGACGGUAGAUACCUCGGAGGAAGCUGUCCGUGCUCGAAUGCAAGACUUGACAGAUGGAGCUAAAAACAUGACCGUUUCGGAUGAUUUUGAUAAAACCGAAAAGGAACGCCUGGACAUCUUUUAUGAGCUGGUGAAGAAGAAGCGCGAUUCCGGUGAACUCGAGAAUGUUCAAACUCAUAAGGAACUCUUCACGGAAGCCGGUCUGCUGGACAUCCAAGCAAAAUCAACCUUGGUGCUUGCGGAACUGCUGUUCACCGCGAACAUUGUCCAAGAAGUCCGUAAGCAUCGGAAUAUGCUGCUUCGCUUCACUCACGAGGAUUCCAAAGCUCAAAAAUACCUGAUCGGGGGUCUGGAGCAAAUCAUCGCGCUGCAUGCUGAUAAACUAAUGGACAAAGUGCCCGGUGUCUUCAAGCUGUUCUACGAUACCGACAUCCUGGAAGAGAAGGCAAUCCUCGAGUGGUCUCAGAAGGUGAGCAAGAAGUACGUCUCCAAGGAGGUGGCCACGCAGAUUCACGAGAAGGCUCUCCCAUUCGUUAAAUGGCUCCAGGAGGCGGAAGAAGAGGAAUCGUCUGACGAUGAUGAUGACUCUGAUGUCGAGAUCGAGUAUGACGAUCGUGCCAAAACCGACUCCCUGCGCAAGGAACCCGUCAAGCAAGAGGUCAAGAAGACCAAACCCAUCGAGGAAGAAGAGGAUGGCGACGAUCUCAACAUUGAUGAAAUUUAAAUGUGUGUUUUCUCCCAAAUGGAUACAAAAAUCAAAUCAACUAAAUUCCCUGUUCGAAAUUUAAACAUUCUUUUAGCAAGCUGGUGAAAUUAUUGCAACCACAGAAAAUUCUAUUGCGCAAUUUAGUAAACAGUAGAAUAAACAUGAUUGUUCAAAGCUCCACUAGGAAGCGACAAUGUUUGUAACUUUUGGUGUUUAUGAACGAACAUGUAUGUCAGACGAGAAACGAAACGCUGAUCGGUCAAUUUUGAAAGUAAUCCAUUUCAAUUCCAAGAAAAUCGUCAUUCGUUUGAAACAGUUCAACAUAAAUAAUUCCAACUUUUUUCUUUUUUGUUGUUUUUGAGCACAAGAGUGCGAAAAUUGUUUGACGGGGAACUCACUUGGUUUAAACUUUUUGUCACAUUUUUAUUAUUUUAUUACAAAUUUGCUCUGGGUUUAUAUUUUAUGCAUUUGUUCCAUUUAUUAUGUCAAUGCUUAAAAUACAAGAAAAUGAUCAAUUCCUACGCAGAAAUAACAAAACCUUAAGCAAACCGAAAUAGGGCAAGCAUUAUCUGUUUGUUCGGAUGAAAAACUGAAAUAAAUAUUUAAAGAUACGAAUACUAUUGUAAUCAAAUUAUGUUUAUCAGCAAAAAAAAUACACAAUUUCAAAACAAUAA